GUUUCCACCGCGUGAACAUUAAGUGUCGCCGCUGUUUGUUCUUAAUCUCCGAAACGCUGAAGCCUGGAGGAAAGGCAGCCGCCUUCGAGGGUUGGACCCCACUUUCCGUCGUCCCAUCCUCAGCGACUGCAGCCUCCUGAGGUUCUUCAGUGGCGGCUUUGCGUUUCAAGCCUUUGUUUCCGCUGCCGCCGCUCUUAUGCCCGGCCUUCGCCAUGGUAUUUCUGCUCCUUGUGGUCUGUACGGAAACGGAAGUAGCUUUCUCCUCCGACCCCCGUCCUUAAGUGAAUGUUCAGAAGCAAAGCACUUGAUGAAGUAAAGUGUGGAUCCUUUAAAAGAAGCAGAUGAAGUUUGAAGCAGUGAAUAAUGAUGAGAUGGAGCUUGUCCGAACUGGCUAUGGGAAGGAUAUGGUAAAAAUUCUCCAUAUUCAGCGAGAUGGAAAAUAUCACAGCAUUAAAGAAGUGGCAACUUCAGUGCAACUUACUCUGAGCUCCAUAAAAGAUUACCUGCAUGGAGACAAUUCAGACCUCAUCCCUACAGACACCAUCAAGAACACAGUUCACGUCCUGGCAAAGUUCAAAGGCAUCAAAAGCAUAGAAAGUUUUGCUGUGAAUAUCUGUGAGCAUUUCCUUUCUUCCUUUAACCAUGUUAUUCGAGUUCAAGUCUAUGUGGAAGAAGUCCCUUGGAAGCGUUUUGAAAAGAAUGGAGUUAAGCAUGCCCAUGCAUUUAUUCAUACUCCCACUGGAACGCACUUCUGUGAGGUUGAACAGUUGAGGAGUGGACCUCCAGUCAUUAAUUCUGGAAUAAAAGACCUCAAAAUCUUGAAAACAACCCAGUCCGGAUUUGAAGGAUUCAUCAGGGACCAGUUCACCACCCUCCCUGAGGUGAAGGACCGGUGCUUUGCUACCCAAGUGUACUGCAAGUGGCGCUACCACCAGGGCAGAGACGUGGACUUUGAGGCCACCUGGGACACUCUUAGGGACAUUUUCCUGAAGAAAUUUGCUGGACCCUAUGACAAAGGCGAGUACUCGCCCUCUAUCCAGAAGACCCUCUAUGACAUCCAGGUGCUCUCCCUGAGCCAGGUUCCUGAGAUAGAAACUAUGGAAAUCAGCCUGCCAAACAUUCACUACUUUACCAUAGACAUGUCCCAGAUGGGACUGAUCAACAGGGAAGAGGUCUUGCUACCAUUAGACAAUCCAUAUGGCAGAAUUACUGGUACAGUCAAGAGGAAGCUGACUUCAAAGCUGUAACAUUGUGGCCACCAGUGGGAGUCCAUUCUCAGUUGAGACAUUCCUUAAGCCACUUGUGAUGCUGGAAAUCAUAGUGUGUAGCCAUGCAAAAUUUCAACCUAGUAUGUUGAGUUAUAGUGUUCAUUUUGCGCCUAUAUGAAAGAAUUCUUCUACACCUAGCUCAGCAAAGUGUUUCAGAAUUAGUAAUUAUAACAUGCUUUGUGGACACAGUUUACUUUACAAAUGCUGAGCAGUAUUAGAAUAAUCAUAAAUCAAUGUUUCAUUUCAGUGGUCUUGUUCCUUCCUAUCUUAGAGAAGCUUUAGAAUCCAUUCAUUAAGAAGAUAAUCAUGAAUCAAUGGAGGUGUGAUACCAGUUAAUUUUGUGCACAAGUUUAAGAAGCUAGCAUUGUUUUCAUCCUACUGAUGCUAAAACUUGCUCCUUGGUAAUGCAAUGAUAUUAAUGACAAUAUCAUAUUUUGAAAAAUAUCACCAUUGUGACUUCAAUUAGACUAAAUACUUGAGUUCUUAAGAAUGCUCUAGCAUAUGUAUCAUUGGGAGUAUAUUUCCACUCUAAAAGUACUCUUUAAUCUUAAUGUAUUGGUUUUAUGACUUUUACAACCCUUAAAGAAUAUUUAGUAUACACUGAGGCACUGAAAAAAGUGUAAAUGGCUUUUCUUUGAAUAAUGCAUCACUUUGGCACAAAGAGCCACAUUUAAUAAGUGGUAAGUCAAUACCCAGGUGGUUGAAUAUACAUAUAGAAAGACUAGAGACUAUAUUUAUGAAAAUAUCAGCAAUGAUGAUUUCUGGAUGGUGGGAUUAUGAGCGAUUUUUUUUUUGUCAUGUGAUUUUUUGAAUCUUCCAGAUAUGAACAUUUAUUACUUUUAUA